AUGUCGAUAUUUAUUCCUGUGGCACCGAAACUAACCAAAACUGUAUUACCAAAUCAUCCAUGGAACAACCGAAUUAAAGCCAAGUAUUCUAACAAGUAUAAACACGGGCAUAAUUCUGUGUUCAAUCCCAUAUUUACAGCAAACCAAACAAAAACACCAGACACAGAAAAUUGUGAUAAUCAGCAAAUACAGUUUACAGUAAUAGGGAAUAGAGUUACAAAAGAAUUCAUUUAUUGUAUGUAUCUGGUAAAAGGAUUGCAUAAAUGCCGACCACAGCAGUUUAAAGCUCCUGUUUUAAAAGGUGUAACAGGAGUAGAAUGGCCAAAAGUGUGGAAUGAUUUGAAAGUUAAACAUGGCGGUUUAGCAUUCUGUUUGCAGUCACAAGUUGCUGUAUUAAAGGACGGCGAGAUUCUUGGUGGCGAUACGGAACUAAAAGAGUUCGUAGACUCUAAAUACUUUUACACUGUAUAUCUAGAUUAUUACAAAGAAGGAAUUCGACAGUUUGCUAGUUAUAUACGAUCCUCUGGUAGGCCAUGCGUAUAUAUGAAUAUUUCUAUCAACAGUGAACCUAUAGGGUCUUUGAUAUUUAUGUUAUAUGCAGAUAUAGCCCCGCAUACAUGUCAAAACUUCAUGAACAUGUGUCAAUUAAUCAGAGGUGGCUAUUCAGGAACUCCUGUUCAUCGCAUCGUAAAAGAUUGUUGGAUACAAUGUGGAGGCUUCACUCUAAAGAAUACAAACCAACUGGAGUGCGAAAAUUACAUUGUACCACACGAUAGACGUGGUGUACUCGGAAUGGCUAACGCAGGCAGAAAUAAAGAUUGUUCAACUCAAUUCUUUGUGCUACUGCAACCUGCUUCUUGGAUGAAAAACAAAUAUGUAGCAUUUGGUCAACUAAUUGACGGAGAAAAUACUCUUAGCAAGAUAGAAAAUGUUCCGACUUGGUACGAAUCACCGACAUCGGAAAUAUUAAUCGACAAAGCCGGAAUUUUGAACCUGGAAUGUAAAAGAGCACCAAUAAAUAAAAGAACCAAUGAAUACAUACAAGGACAUGUUGAAGAUUUGGUUGUAAUUGGGAAUUUAUUUUAUGAGGCAUUACUCGAAAGAGUAUUUAAGGAAAUCGACUUAAGACUACUAAACCCAGUAGAAGUAAUUUUAUUGAGUGAGCAGUCACAAGAAGAAUCUGAUGAGAGUAUAUUUAACACUGAAAGAUUUGACAGUAAAAAGAUAGAAAAAGAGUUAAGAACAGGUGUUAACAACGAAGAUGAGGAAAACAAUGAAUUUGACGUGGAAAUGUAUGACUACGAAGAUUUAUUUAAUGAAACACUUUCCAUACCUCAUUCCAGUAAAAAUGAGAUAAUUACAAAGCCCUUUUAUUUACCUUUAAAAGAUGUCCCUUAUCCCGGAGAAGUCGACUCUAUUUAUGACCUACAAAGGUAA